AUGGGCGAGUGGAGCUUCCUGAGCUCGCUGCUGGACGCCGUGCAGGAGCACUCGCCCAUGGUGGGCCGGUUCUGGCUGGUGGUGAUGCUGAUCUUCCGCAUCCUCAUCCUGGCCACGGUGGGCAGCGACAUCUUCGAGGACGAGCAGGAGGAGUUCGUCUGCAACACGCUGCAGCCGGGCUGCAAGCAGGUCUGCUACGACAAGGCCUUCCCCAUCUCCCACUAUCGCUUCUGGGUCUUCCACAUCGUGGUGCUCUCGGCGCCCGCCCUGCUCUUCGUCAUGUACGCCAUGCACCAGAGCGGCAAGCUGCGCCAGGGCGAGGAGGGCGGCUCCACGGGCCCGCCCCGGCUGCAGCCCAGCCAGCGCACCCACCACGUCCGCACCUUCUACCUGGUCAACGUGGCCAUGCGUAUCCUGGCUGAGAGCAGCUUCCUGGUGGGGCAGUGGCAGCUGUACGGGUUCCACGUGGAGCCGCACUUCACCUGCCAGCGCUCGCCCUGCCCCCACCACGUGGACUGCUUCGUGUCCCGGCCCACCGAGAAAACCAUCUUCAUCCUCUUCUACUUCGUGGUGGGCGUGGUCUCCACCCUGCUCAGCCUGGUGGAGCUGGCCCACCUGCUGGCCAAGGACAGGUGCCAGGGGACGGCAGCCAACAAGCCCCCGGCCGCCUCCUACGAGCAGCAGGAAAACUGGUCCAACCAGGCGCACGAGCAGUGCCAGCACUUCCUGCCCCCGGGUGACGGGGGCGCCAAGGGGGUGGCCUGCAGCGUCCCCAACCACUACAAGCCCUCAGCCCUGUUCCGGCCCCAAGCCCCCUCCACGGGCAGCAAGGUCUCCCAGGCCGCGGCCAGGGCCGAUUUGGUGGUCUAG